GCGCUAUAGUCGGCAAGUUUGGCGCGUCCGCCCUGCCACGUGAGAGAGCGCCCACUCGAUCGCGACUGCUCGCGCGGGCCGCAUCGGUCCGCCCGUGCUUGGAUUAUACAACCCGUGCGUGCUUUUGUGGACGCGCCUCCGCUGUCGACUCUGUGCGUGGUGAAACUCGGCGGCCAACGUCGUGCAUCGGACAGGUUAGCAGCCGGCAUUCUCCGGAGAGUCCGUCGCAUGUGCGCGGACCGGCGGCGGGCAACGCGAUCGCCAUCCAUCAUCGUCGCCGACGCCGGAGCGCCGCCGGGUUCAGCGCCGCGCGCGCCGCCGCCGUCAUUGGAUGGCGUCCGUCACGUGAUAUGCUAAUCUCCAGCGGCGGGGCGGAGCCAUGGCGCUGCUCGGCGACGAGACCGAAGCAAAACUAUCUCCAUCAUCCAAUUCAGCCGGCAAAAAUUAAUGACCAUGAGUUCGUUUUUGAUGAACUCGCCGUCCUACGUGGACCCCAAAUUCCCGCCGCCCGAGGAGUACUCGCAGGGAAACUACAUCCCGAGCCAUGGGGCCGGUGACUAUUACGCGGGCGCCCCGCCGCACCACCACCACCACGCGGCCGCGCACCCGUACGCGACGUUCGGAGGCGCCGCGGCCCCGCCGUACGGUGCCGAGAACGGCGGCUACGUGUCCAGCGCGUCGCCGCACUAUUACCAGCACUCAUGUUCCAUGACACAGACUACGCUGAGCCCGCUGUCGCGGCCCAGCGUAGCUCUCGACCAUGCCGGCGCGGGCGGCGGUCACAGCCCGCCGUACUCGGGACCUCCCGCUCCGCUGCAGCGGUCUCCGUCGCCCCCGCCGCCGGCGUCCAUGCUCAGGCCUUCGCCGCAAUCGCCGCACGUCGGGGCAGCGCCACCGAUGCACAGCCCCGGGGCCACCGCCACGGCGCCGACUUCGGUAGCCGGCGGCGACUGCAAUCAGGCCGGACAGCCCGUCAUCUAUCCCUGGAUGAAAAAGGCGCACGUCAACGCAGGUCGGUCGUUCCUGUUCGCCUCGGACCCGACGAACGGCACGUUCACGGGCAUGGAGCCCAAGCGGCAACGCACGGCCUACACACGGCACCAGAUCCUCGAGCUCGAGAAGGAAUUCCACUUCAACCGCUACCUGACGCGGCGGCGACGCAUCGAGAUCGCCCACUCGCUCUGCCUGUCCGAGCGCCAGAUCAAGAUCUGGUUCCAGAACAGGCGCAUGAAGUGGAAGAAGGACAACAAGCUGCCCAACACGAAGAACGUCAAGAAGAACAACCCGAACCGGGCCGCCCAGCAACAGCAGCAGCAGCAACAGCAGCAGCAACAGCCGCCGCAACAGCACGCGCCACAGCAUCCGCAACAGCCGCAUCAGCAGAACGCGUCCUCCCAGGAGCCGCACCCACCGCCGCACCAGCAGCCGUCGCCGACGCUGCAGAUGCCCAAUCCGCUCGCGUUGGCGCCGCACCAGCACGCACACCUGCUGAACAGUCACCAGCUGGGCCACCCGGCCCAGACGCACAUCAUGUCGCCGCUUCCGCCGCCUCCCACCGUGGACACGAAGGGGGACUACGGACUGACGGAACUGUGAACCGCGUGUUCGCUUAGUGCCGCGUGACGUGCUUGUGAGAGUGCCACUCUUCCCUCCCUCUCCGCUUGCGUCUCCGCCAUUCGCGGAGGAACUCUGGCGGUGUGGAGGUGGAAGGCCCAGUGACUUAAGUGUGCGCUAAAGCCGAACACUUGACUCUUAGCCGCGAGCCGAGACUGCGGCACCGAAGCAAUCUACAAGACACAAAACAAAACAAAAAACAAGUUCCUCUCUCAGGAGAACCCGGACACUCGUCCUUCUAUCUCAGUGUGUGUGUGUGGUGGCAUCGUCGGCGCAGAGUCCGCCGCCUUCUUUUUUUGCGAACACGGCUGCGCAGUCACAGAAAGUGCCCCAUAGUGCCAGCAAAGAAAAGAAAGGCAGGGUGGCGACUGGGCUGCGGUGCUGCCCCCACCGGGUUCGUCGUGUGUGCGUGUGCGCGUGGACCACAUCUUUUCGACGAGUUAGUGCAGGUGUGUCAUGCUGUUCUCUUGUAAAUACAACUCAGGUUUCACGAGACAUCCGCGCCGUGUGGAUUUUUGCAGUGCUGUGUGUGU